GCUUUAAUAUUUGUGUGGGCCAUAUCUCCAUGUGGCCCGACCAUUUCCUUCCACGAUCCACCCGAUCACAAUUCCACUUCUAAUUUUCUCAAAAUAAUCCAUGGCUAUAAAAAUCCAAAUUCAAUUCGAUUUUAGGGUUUCCAUCGUCCUAAAGAUUUUCAUCUCAGUCCACCCACACAAUUGAGCUUCAUUUAUGGCGCAAAAGAUUUCCAACCCAUGAGCUGUAAUGAUGGUUUGUUGUUCUCGAUCUUGAUCUGAAGCUGGAGGGGUUGGAUAGCAUAAUCUUGUGAUAAGCAAACCUCAAUUUAGUGAUGGAUUUGAGAAGUGAGCGUUCAGGGCUUGAAUCUGUGGAAAACAAUGAAGUAAUAAUAACCCCUCAAGGAUUGGCUAAUGUUGAUGGAAAUAAGAUUGCAAGUAAUGGAUCUUAUGGUGGUGAAUUUAAUGGUAGUGAUGAUAACCCGUUGGUUGAUUCGAAAGCCGAGGAUGGUAGAGUUGUAGAGUCACUGAGUACUCCUCGAUCGACUAGUGAUUCACCUCGGUCGGCCGGCUAUUCUCUUUCUGUUGGGUCAUCUCCACAGGCCACAAAAAAGGGGUACGGGUUGAAGAAAUGGAGACGGAUUAGGAGGGAAUUUAGUAAGGAUGGAAGUAGUAGUGUAGAUGCUAGUAAGAUACUGAAGAGGGGUCUUUCAACAUCCGUGGUAAAUUCAAGUAAGCCUCAGGGUGUGUCCAUUGAGACGAGGCAAACGAGCGAGGGUUCCUCAUCAUCAACAAACGCAAUCUUGAAAAGUAUGGGUGUUGCUGCUGAUGGUUCUGGCACACAUGGCUCAAAUUUAGAUUCUAGGGUGGUAGGACCUAGUUUUGGUGCUGGGACGGAUUCUGAUAACAGUGAGGAUCGGAGUAGCAAAUCUUCCACUGCAGCCAGUGUUCCAAAGAACAGGAUGAGGGCUUUGAGUGGGAAGAAUUUGGUUAAUUCAGUGCAACGAAGCCAGCCGGCAAAGAGUCGGAUUGAAACCAGUAAGAAGCAUAGAGGAGAAAGGGUCAAAACUGAGAAGGAAAACUCUCAUUCCAGCAUGGAAUCUGACUCGCGGAGCUCCAACGUUGUCUUUAUGCAGGGCACCACUUCAGUCACUAGUAACGGGAGACACAGGAGACACAGUGGGAAGUCAAUGAAUUAUGAUGGAGCAAACAGUUAUGAAGCUCAGGAUGGUGAACAACACUUCGAUGAAGAGCUGCAAACAGGUUACAACAAAGAAAAUGUGGGAGAAUUUGAAACUCUCUCUCAAGAAGAUUUAGCUGCUGAUUUGUCUUGGGAGGUUAGAGAAGAAAAGGUUGAGAACAAUGGAUUGCCAACAGAUCCAGAUUCUCUAGUUGAGUCUAUCCACACCCUGCAGUCUGCGCAGGAAGAACUUGAAAAAGAAAUACAGAAAUUAAGGGAGAUAGGGACAGAACCUGUGUCACUUUUUGACGGUUCAACUGAGGAAACUGCUUUACCUUCAGAAUUUGCCUCUGGAGAUUCAAGCAUCAACGAGGCAUGCGCAUCUGAUCCGUUGCACUCUGGAGAGAGAACACAAAAUUCUUCUGAGAUCUUGGAAACCCAGGUUGUAAGCUUAAAACAGAACAUGAAUCUAUUGGAAAACAAGCUUGAAGAGGCAAACGCUGAGCUCAAAGUGAAGGAAGCCAAGGUUAUUGAACUUGAAUGUGCACUAAAGAGUAAUGAAUCACCAAUUGAGAAAAUAGAGUCGCUUCAAAAAAACCAUAAUGAGAUGGAGGCUGAACUUGAGGGCCUCUUCAAGCAAAAGAUUGAAGCUGAGAUCGAGUAUCUGGCAAUAUCGAGAACAAUCAAAAAUUUGAAAGUUGAUGCAGCGGAUCACUUUGCACUCUUCGAAGAACAGAAGACACUAGCUUCAGAGCAAGCUCAGGUGUUGAAUGAGCUCGGAGAUGUAGAAAGCAAGGCUGUAAAGCUAAAGAGACAAGCUGAAAAUUUGGAGACAAAAUAUGAAGAUGUGGUGGUGACUGAGGAGGUUUUGAGGCUACAGAAUAGGGUAUAUCAUCUUACUUCUUGCCUUUUCAUGCAGUUGAUACUUCUAGUUUUAGUCUUUGUGUUUUUGCUCUUGCAGUUAUCACCCCAUUACGAAGGGGUUGUACCCACCUAAAUUUUGUGAACAGUUCAGCUUUUAGUAUUAUUCCAUCCUAAAUGGAAUGUUUUAAAGUGACAUUUUAUUUCUUUUUCGAAGUUGAGUAAUAGAUUAGACGUAUCACAUUUCUCUUAAAUCAUAGCUUUUGUGAUUUUUGUAU